AUGAAACUCCUGAUCGAAUACCAGCAACCCUACUGGAGAGUCGAACUUAUCACGUCUUCCAGCAGGGAGGUGUUUGGAUCCACGACGCUAGCUGAGAUCCCCCGACUUGAUACGAAAGCAGAGUCAACAUCCUCGGUCGAUUUGUCGACUGGCACUUUUGUCCAAAGACCACGACGCUCGCGACGCAAGGCGCUCCGGAAGCGCUUCGAUACACUUAUCUCUCACCUCACUUGCGCGUCUAGACGAAGCGUAAGAGAAGCCGAAGAACGAAAGACGAGUCACAUUGACUCCACGCUGGCCGGCCAAGAAAUUGUACACAGAAGGGUGACCGAAAUGGCAGGAUCCGACGUUGAGAUCUACCAGGCUGCUGAGCCUGAAUGGUUCAAGAACGACUUCGAGCCACCAUGCGAGCUCGACAGCACCUAUAUCUGGAGAAACGCUCAGCCGUUGGCUCGACAAGGCCCUAGCUCUGCUGUCUUAGUCGGAAACUGUGCACAAACUCCUCCAGACUUGUCUCCACAAAGUGUCUCUCAGAAGUCUUCACCAAUAUUGCCCAACACUCCAACUGCGGCUGGCAGUGAUCCCUCUCUGUGUCAGCAGAAUGGUGGUUCCCUCGUAGGAACCAUAUCGCCAUACGAUGUUGCCACACUUUCGCAGCAUCGACACGAGUUCCCUGAGUCCCUGGGUUAUGGAAUACCAGAGAGCCCUGUAUUCUUUGACGUCGGUGACUCAAUGGUUGUCCAGGGUAGUCACGAUCUUGACCUCCUCAAUCCGAACGUGGAAUGGUCUGAGAGCAUUUUCCAGCAGUUCGAUCGCACCAACCAUACCUCCUACUCGCAGAUGAAUCCUACAACUUUGCACACGGACUCACAGCAAGCCAUCUUGGUGGCACCCUCUUCUUCCACUCCCGAAGACAAGUCAGCCCGCAAAAUCAAGGCACUGUUGGGCACCUGGGAGUUAGCAGGCGACUCGACCUGGACUCGUUUGGAUGAACAUGGAUCGAUGCCGGACGCUGAAGUUGGAAUUGUGUAUACUUCCCAUCUCAGCUACGUCGAGUCUUCCCCUGACCAAGACGGUACCUAUGCUCGCAAUCGCCACACGGACGAGAGCCUCAACGUCUCACAGGCGGACGCCAGCUCUGCGAACCAGAAGGAGUGGCCUCCAGUCCAGUGCGAGCAUUGCAAAGCGGUGUACACUGGUCAGUAUGGAGCAGGAAACAUGAAGCGACAUGUCAACAACACCUGCAAGGAAGCACCUUAUCUCCAGAAAACUCACGACUGCGGGAUCUGUAAGAAUUCGUACAAUCGAAGCGAUGCUCUGCGCAAUCAUGAACGUCGAAUUCAUCCAAACUCAACCAUCACACAGCCCAGGAAGAAGUCCGCGCGUAUGUUGGGCUUGGUCGACGAGCAGCAAGCGUCUCGGACUUCUUGA